AUGCUCUGUGUGACUGUGUGAGGAGAGAGGAGAAAUAGCAGCAGGCAGAUAAUGAAGCUAAGAUGGCAGCACUGAGUGUGCAGCUUUCACUUCUGCGGCGCUUGAGGUGAAUCUGACUGCUGGAACCCCCGGAGCUCGCCGGCACUGGAGCCGAGGAAAGAGGCCGAGCACAGGACGCCAGAGAGGGGCGCACAGACCCUGCCCUCGCUCGCUGUGCGGGGAGGAUGGUGAAGGGGUCGGGGCGUGGGUUGACUUGGGGAUUGCGGUGAUUGUCGGAGAGCACAAGGUUGUCAGCGGCCAGGCUGCAAGUCCCUGCCCCGGGAGGACACGGAGAGGCCGGACGUCGCCCCUCGGUGCUGCGGCUGCAGUGACACGCACACACCGUCUCCAUACACACAGCGCCAAGGAAGAUGAUGUGCGCAGCAACCGCACCCCCGCCUCCCGCCGCCGCCACUGCUGCCUCAUCCGGCCCCGGGGAGAACGGCUUCUUCGCUCUGCCCGCAUCUUCAGCGUCCUGCCCCGCACGCCUCAACAUGUCGGGGAGCCCAGACCUCCGCUCCGGGCCUGACUGCAGGAGCCGCUACCAGCUGCUGCUAUCCGGCAAGGCCCUGGCGGACCGCUACCGGCAAAUCUACACGGCGGCGGCGAAUGACAGAGAGCAGCACAGCGGCCCGGCGGCCAGGAAUAAGAAGAUUUUAAGCAAGAAAAAACUAAAGCGGAAGCAAAAGACCAAAUCAAAAGGGAAAUUAAGAAACAAGGCUGACAACCUGGAAAAUGCUCUUUUCAUACCUGACCUCAAACUUCACAGCAACCCUUCAGCAUUCAAUGUAUAUUGCAAUGUUCGUCACUGUGUCCUUGAGUGGCAGAGAAAGGAAACCUCCCUUAUGUUGUCCUCUAAGAAUUCAGUGCAGAGUGGCGAGUCUGACAGUGAUGAAGAGGAGGAAUCCAAAGAUCCACUAGUUAAGCUUCCAAAGAUUAUUGAAAUUGGCUUAUGUGAAGUUUUCGAAUUGAUAAAAGAAACCCGAUUUUCCCACCCGUCACUGUGUUUAAGAAGCUUGCAGGCACUACUCAAUAUCCUACAGGGUCAGCAACCAGAGGGGCUGCAGUCUGAACCCCCAGAAGUCUUAGAAUCUCUUCUCCAGCUUCUCUUGGAGAUCACAACUCGUAGUACAGGAACCAAUGAUGGCACUGGACAGUCGCUCACUGCACUUUCUUGUGCCUGCCUAUUCAGUUUGGUGGUUGCAUGGGGAGAAACGGGAAGGACCCUACAAGCCAUCUCUGCUAUUCUUACUAACAAUGGCAGCCAUGCUUGCCAAACCAUUCAGGUGCCAAUUAUUUUAAAUUCUCUACAGCGGAGUGUUCAAGCUGUCCUAGUGGGUAAAAUCCAGAUACAGGACUGGUUCACAAAUGGAAUUAAAAAGGCUGCCUUGAUGCAGAAAUGGUCGUUGAAAGAUGUUCCUGUGGAUGAAGAUGAUCAGUGCCUCCUUCAAAGCGAUGGCUUCUUCCUCUAUCUUUUAUGCAAAGAUGGCCUGUAUAAAAUUGGUUCGGGGUACAGUGGGACAGUGAGGGGCCACAUUUACAAUUCCACUUUUCGUAUCAAAAGCAGAAAAGAGAAGAAGUCUUGGUUGGGUUACGCUCAGGGUUACUUGCUUUACAGAGAUGUAAGCAAUCACAGUAUGACAGCCAUUAGGAUUAACCCUGAAACAUUGGAACAGGAUGGAACAGUGACUGUGCCAGAUUGUAAUGCUGAUGGGCAGAACAUCCUCUUUACUGAUGGAGAAUUUGUCAACCAGAUUGCUGCUUCAAAAGAUGAUGGGUUUGUAGUUCGAAUAUUUGCCACCAGUACGGAGCCUGUGUUACAGCAACAAGAACUACAACUUAAACUGGCUCGGAAGUGUUUACACGCUUGUGGCAUAUCGUUAUUCGAUUUGGAGAAAGAUUUGCACAUUAUAAGUACCGGCUUUGAUGAAGAGUUGGCUGUUCUUGGAGCAGGAAGAGAGUUUGCAUUAAUGAAAACUUCCAGUGGAAAGGUUUAUUAUACUGGUAAAUAUCAGAGCCUUGGAAUCAAGCAAGGUGGCCCCUCUUCUGGCAAAUGGGUGGAGCUGCCCAUAACAAAAUCUCCAAAGAUUGUCCAGUUCUCAGUCGGUCAUGAUGGAUCGCAUGCCUUACUCACAGCGGAAGACGGGAGUGUGUUCUUCACCGGCACAGCCAGUAAAGGAGAGGAUGGAGAGUCAACAAAGAGCAGAAGACAGUCAAAACCAUACAAGCCAAAAAAAAUGAUCAAAAUGGAGGGGAAGUUUGUGGUUAGCACAGCGUGCAAUAACGGGAGCAGUUCUGUCAUUACAAAGGAUGGUGAACUGUACAUGUUUGGAAAAGAUGCCAUCUAUUCCGACAGCUCAAAUUUGGUCACUGAUCUGAAGGGACACAGUAUUACACAAGUGGCUAUGGGAAAAGCCCACACAUGUGUUCUGACUAAGAAAGGUGAAGUGUGGACGUUUGGAGUAAACAAUAAGGGACAAUGUGGAAGAGACACUGGCGCUUUAAGCCAAGGUGGAAAAGGAUUUGGUGUUGAAAACAUGGCAACUGCAAUGGAUGAAGACCUUGAGGAGGAGCUAGAUGAGAAAGAUGAGAAGUCUGUCAUGUGUCCACCUCGAAUGCACAAGUGGAAGUUGGAGCAUUGUAUGGUUUGCACAGUGUGCGGAGACUGUACGGGAUAUGGUGCCAGCUGUGUUAGCAGUGGACGGCCAGACCGUGUUCCGGGCGGUGUUUGUGGAUGUGGCUCUGGAGAGUCUGGCUGUGCAGUGUGUGGAUGCUGCAAGGCUUGCGCUAGAGAGUUGGAUGGCCACGAUGCACGACAAAGAGGAAUCCUAGAUGCUGUGAAGGAGAUGAUUCCUUUGGAUCUUCUUCUAGGUAAAGCUGUGCCGGUGCCUGGUGUGAACAUCGAUGAGCACCUUCAGUUGCGCCAAGAAGACAAAAGACAAAGGGUUAAUCGGAGGCACAGAAUAGAUGAAGGAAGAGGAAAUAAUAAGCCAAAUGGAAAUAUAGGCCCUUUUGUAUUUCCUGGUCCUAAUUUAAUGAACCAUCGAGAGCAGGCUCUAGCCAGACUAAGAGCUCUACCAGCACAACUAAAGCAUAAGCGGGACAAGAAAAAAGAUGAAGGCAGAGAACCAGGGGAGAAAGAUGCCAGCAAAAUCACUACUUAUCCUCCUGGAACAGUUCGCUUUGAUAGUGAGCUUCGGGCUGUUCAAGUCAGCUGUGGGUUCCAUCAUUCAGUGGUACUAAUGGAAAAUGGUGAUGUUUAUACUUUUGGCUACGGUCAACAUGGGCAGCUGGGACAUGGUGAUGUCAGUUGUAGGGGAUGUCCAACAUUGGUACAAGCGCUGCCAGGACCCAGCACGCAAGUCACGGCGGGGAGCAAUCACACUGCAGUUCUAUUAAUGGACGGGCAGGUUUUCACUUUUGGGAGUUUCUCUAAAGGACAGCUUGGAAGGCCAAUCCUGGACAUGCCAUACUGGAAUGCAAAGCCUGCAUCUAUGCCCAACAUCGGUGCCAAGUAUGGCAGGAAAGCAACAUGGGUUGGUGCAAGUGGAGAUCAGACCUUUCUGCGGAUAGAUGAAGCACUUAUAAACUCUCAUGUUUUGGCUACAUCAGAAAUCUUUGCAAGUCGACAUAUAAUAGGUCUGGUGCCAGCUUCUAUGUCUGAACCUCCACCAUUCAAAUGCCUUCUCAUUAAUAAAGUUGAUGGAAGUUGUGCUACAUUUAAUGAUUCCGAACAAGAAGAUCUUCAAGGUUUUGGGGUGUGCUUGGACCCUGUCCAUGAUGUGAUUUGGAGGUUUCAAACAAACACAAGAGAGCUGUGGUGUUAUAAUGCAGUUAUAGCCGACUCAAGGCUUCCAUCCGCCCCUGACAUGCAAUUACGGUGUAGCAUACUAAGCCCCGAGCUGGCCCUGCCUACUGGACAAAAAGCAGUCACCACCCGAUCACAUGCAGCUUUGCAUAUAUUAGGAUGCCUCGACACAUUGGCUGCAAUGCAGGACUUGAAGAUGGGCGUCUCGAGCACCGAAGAGGAAACACAGUCUGUACUGAAAGUCUAUUCAAAGGAGGAUUACAGUGUUGUAAACAGAUUUGAAAGUCAUGGUGGUGGCUGGGGCUACUCUGCACAUUCAGUUGAAGCGAUCCGCUUCUGUGCUGACACAGACAUCCUUCUUGGAGGGCUGGGUCUUUUUGGUGGUAGAGGUGAAUACACAGCAAAAAUAAAGUUGUUUGAAUUGGGGUCUGAUGGAGGCGACCAUGAAACAGAUGGGGAUCUUCUAGCAGAGACUGAUGUUCUUGCAUAUGACUGUGCAGCCAGAGAGAAAUAUGCUAUGAUGUUCGAUGAGCCUGUCCUUUUACAAGCUGGCUGGUGGUAUGUGGCAUGGGCACGUGUGUCUGGUCCUAGCAGCGACUGUGGCUCUCAUGGACAAGCUUCAAUUACAACAGAUGAUGGCGUCGUUUUUCAAUUCAAAAGCUCCAAGAAAUCAAAUAAUGGCACAGAUGUAAAUGCAGGUCAAAUCCCCCAGCUACUGUAUAGACUACCUACAAGUGAUGGGAGUGCUGCUAAAGGAAAACAGCAAGUCAGUGAACCAGUGCAUAUCCUGAAGAGAUCAUUUGCUCGAUCCGUUUCAGUGGAGUGUUUUGAAUCCCUGCUGAGUAUUUUGCACUGGAGUUGGACCACGUUGGUAUUAGGCGUAGAAGAGCUAAGAGGGUUAAAAGGCUUUCAGUACACAGCAACCCUGCUGGACUUGGAGAGAUUGCGUUUUGUUGGGACUUGCUGUCUGCGACUUUUGAGAGUCUACACGUGUGAGAUAUACCCUAUAUCAGCCACAACUAAACCAGUCAUAGAAGAAACAACCAAACUGGCUGAAUGCAUCGGAAAGACAAGGACAUUGCUAAGGAAAAUCCUUUCGGAAGGUGUGGAUAACUGCAUGAUGAAACUGGACAAUGAUCCCCAAGGUUAUCUGAGUCAACCAUUAAGCCUUCUGGAAGCUGUUCUUCAGGAGUGUCAUAACACCUUCACCGCCUGCUUCCAUUCCUUUUACCCCACACCGGCACUCCAGUGGGCAUGUCUCUGCGAUUUACUGAACUGCUUGGAUCAGGACAUCCAGGAAGCAAAUUUCAAGACCUCAAGCAGUCGCCUGCUAGCUGCAGUUAUGUCAGCUCUCUGCCACACUUCUGUGAAGCUUACUUCCAUUUUUCCCAUUGCUUAUGAUGGUGAAGUUCUGCUACGUUCCAUGAUCAAGCAGGUCAGCACAGAAAAUGACACUGCACUGGCACAUCGCUUUCCUCUGCUGGUAUCCUGCAUGGAAAAGCUAAGUCAGAGUGAAGAAAAUGUUUCAGGAAUGACCAGCUUUCGGGAAGUUCUGGAGAAGAUGCUAGUUAUUGUCGUUCUACCUGUAAGGAACAGCUUACGCAGGGAGAAUGAGCUCUUCUCAUCACACCUGGUUUCUAACACUUGUGGUCUUCUGGCCAGCAUAGUCAGUGAAUUAACAGCAUCCGCACUUGGAUCUGAGGUUGAUGGAUUAAACUCCCUGCACUCUGUUAAGUCCACCCCUAAUCGCUUCACCAAGACGAGCCAGGGCCGAAGCUGGAACACAGGGAAUGGCUCACCGGAUGCCAUCUGCUUCUCAGUGGAUAAACUUGGUGUGGUGGUUGUUGGCUUCUGUGUGUAUGGCGGAGGGGGAAUCCAUGAGUAUGAGCUGGAGGUUUUAGUAGAUGAUAGUGACCACUCCGGUGAUGCCGGACACUCUCAUAGGUGGACAUCAUUAGAGCUUGUAAAAGGCACUUACACAACUGACGAUUCUCCCAGUGAUAUUGCUGAAAUUAGGCUCGAUAAAGCCGUGCCCUUGAAGGAAAACAUGAAAUAUGCCGUGCGCCUGAGAAAUUAUGGCAGCCGCACAGCUAAUGGGGAUGGAGGGAUAACCACCGUUCAGUGUCCAGAUGGUGUGACGUUCACUUUCAGUUCCUGCAGUUUGAGCAGCAAUGGUACAAACCAAACCAGAGGGCAGAUCCCACAAGUUUUAUACUACAGAAGUGAGUACGAUGGAGACCUUCAGUCUCAGCUAAUGAGUAAAGCCAAUGAAGAAGACAAAAACUGCAGCCGGGCACUUUCCGUGGUAAAUGCUGUAACUAGAGCUGCUAAGGACCUGUUACACAGAGCACUUGCUGUUGAUGUUGAUGACAUUCCAGAACUGCUUAGUUCUUCCAGUCUAUUUUCUAUGCUGCUUCCACUUCUGGUAGCUCAUAUUGGACCAGUUGCAGCUGCAAUUCCAAAGGCUGCUGUGGAGGUUUUUGGCCUUGUGCAACAAUUACUACCAUCAGUUGCAGUUUUAAACCAGAAAUAUGCACCUCCGCUCUUCAACCCAAAUCAGUCCACGGACAGUACAACUGGUAAUCAGCCAGAGCAGCUCUCUGCAUGUACUACCUCCAGUCACUAUGCUGUGGUGGAAAGCGAACAUCCCUACAAGGCAGCCAGUGUAAUGCAAUACAAGGUGUCUUUCCCAGAGUGUGUUAGAUGGAUAUCAGUGGAGUUUGAUCCACAGUGUGGCACAGCGCAGUCUGAAGAUGUUUUGCGGCUCAUGAUCCCAGGGCGAAAUGCUCAGAUCUCAGGUUUUGGACCAAAGUUUCCUGUUCAUGAAAGCCUUAAUUCCUGGGUUGAACUUAAGAAAUUUUCUGGCUCCUCUGGGUGGCCAACUGCUGUUUUAAUAUUGCCAGGAAAUGAGGCUUUGUUCUCUCUUGAAACUGCAUCGGACUAUGUUAAAGAUGAAAAGGCCUGUUUUUACGGCUUCAAGUGUUUUGCUAUUGGAUAUGAAUUUAGUCCAGGAACUGAUGAGGGGAUCAUUCAGCUGGAGAAGGAGUUGGCCAACCUGGGAGGCAUAUGCGCCGCUGCCUUAAUGAAAAAAGAUCUUGCUCUCCCAAUUGGGAGUGAAUUGGAGGAAGACCUAGAAAUUGUUGAAGAGGCAGCCUUGCAGGUAUGCAAAACUCAUUCUGGGAUUCUGGGCAAGGGCCUUGCUCUGUCACAUUCUCCAACCAUUCUGGAGGCCUUAGAGGGAAAUCUACCACUGCAAAUACAAAGCAAUGAGCAGUCCUUUUUAGAAGACUUCAUCACAUGUGUGCCUGGAUCGAGUGGUGGAAGACUGGCAAGGUGGCUUCAACCAGACUCCUAUGCUGACCCACAGAAGACUUCAUUAAUUCUUAAUAAAGAUGAUAUCCGAUGUGGCUGGCCCACUACCAUAAAAGUACAAACAAAAGAUCAAUAUGGGGAUGUUGUUCAUGUCCCAAAUAUGAAGGUGGAAGUGAAAGCUGUCCCUGUGUCACAGAAGAAGACUUCCCUGCAGCAAGAGCAAAUAAAAAAACUUCCCCGGAUACCAGGCAGCCCAUCGUCUUCUGCAUCCUCUGUCACGGAUAUGACUUUUGGUGGCCUUGCAUCACCUAAGCUCGAUGCUUCCUAUGAACCCAUGAUUGUGAAGGAAGCCCGUUACAUUGCAAUCACAAUGAUGAAGGCUUAUGAAAGUUACUCAUUUGAAGAACUUCGCUAUGCCUCACCAAUGCCCAAAAGGCCAAGUGAAAAUAUGUUAAUUAGAGUCAACAAUGAUGGUACCUAUUGUGCAAACUGGACUCCUGGUGCCGUCGGCCUUUAUACGAUACAUGUUACCAUAGAUGGAAUAGAGAUUGAUGCCGGUCUAGAAGUCAAAGUAAAAGACCCACCAAAAGGAAUGAUACCACCUGGGACACAGUUGGUAAAACCAAAAGCAGAGCCUCAACCUAACAAGGUUCGCAAAUUUGUCGCCAAGGACAGUGCAGGGCUUCGUAUUCGUAGCCACCCCUCCCUUCAGAGUGAGCAGAUAGGCAUAGUGAAAGUCAAUGGAACCAUCGCUUUUGUUGACGAGAUCCACAAUGAUGAUGGUGUGUGGCUGAGGCUGAAUGAUGAGACAAUAAAGAAGUAUGUCCCUAACAUGAAUGGUUACAAUGAAGCUUGGUGCCUGUCUUUUAAUCAGCAUCUCGGCAAGAGUCUCCUGGCUCCUGUUGAUAAUAUCUUUUAUGCUAGCCAAGGAACCAGGGAUUUGGACUUUUUGUCUUGGACUUCUAACACGUUUUUUACUCAGGAGCAGCUAGGAAAUGCAGAGGAUAUGCUAAAAGACUUCACUGUACGGUGUACCCAAGAAAUGACCAUGCGAGAGCAUGAAGUCCCAGUACUCAGGGGCGGGCCAGGAUUCUACAAGGUAGUGAAAACUGGGCCAUCCGGUCACAACAUCAGAAGCUGCCCAAACCUAAGAGGUAUCCCAAUUGGAAUGUUAGUACUGGGAAACAAAGUCAAGGCUGUCGGCGAGGUGGUCAGUUCAGAAGGUACAUGGGUGCAGCUGGACAAGAACAGCAUGAUAGAAUUCUGUGAGAAUGAUGAAGGCGAGGCAUGGUCCUUGGCUAGAGAUGCUGGUGGCAAUCAAUAUCUCCGUCAUGAGGAUGAGCAAGUUUUGGAUCAGGGCUCUCAGACUCCCCCUCCGAGCCCAUUUUCCAUUCAGAUAUUUCGCCGGAGUACAAGUGGAAACAUCAUUCCAGGAUUUGAUUAUGGCCUUGGAAAUAACAAAGGUGAUCAGCUGAGUGCCAUACUGAAUUCCAUUCAGUCACGGCCUAGUUUGCCAACUCCUUCCAUCUUUGAUCAAGCUGCAAAACCUCCCUCUUCCCUAGUCCACAGCCCAUUUGUGUUCGGACAAUCCCCCUCCUUCCAGCAGCCUCAGCCUUCGCUUCAGAAUGAUAGAAGUCAAUUCAAUGCUGCUCCCAAGCUACCUACUACUGUGAACAAAUCAGACUUGCCUUCAAAACACAGAGUUGACAGCAAAUCCCCCAAACCAGAUGGCCGAGUAAGUCGUUCUAAUGCUGAUCAGAAGAAACCACGAAAUAAUGAAGGACUCACUGCAAGUGAAUCUCUUCUGUUGAAGUCUGAUGCUGCAAAACUGAGAUCAGACUCUCACAGCAGAUCUCUGUCGCCAAACCACAACACUCUUCAAAUUCUAAAGAACUCUGAUGGAAAGCCAUCUGGUCUCAGAUCAGAAUCUCCUGGCCCUGGCUCACGUUCUACAUCACCAAAGCCAAAGACUGUGCCUGUAGGAAAAUCUAAUGUGUCUAGUGCAGGUGCAACACGUUCAGCAUCUCCACAAGAGAAAAAUCUACCUCAAAAAGCUGCAGUUCCUGCAAAGACCAAACUUGAACCACCACGUGAAAGGUCCAAGUCUGAUUCUUACACUCUGGAUCCUGACACACUGCGGAAAAAGAAAGUACCUUUUACAGAACCAUUAAGAGGUCGAUCUACUUCUCCUAAACCAAAAAUUACACAGAAAGAUGGUAAACCAACGGGUGGCAGUGAAAACAGAGCUCCUUCUCCUCAUGUUGUUCAAGAAAAUCUGCAUAGUGAAGUUGUUGAAGUAUGCUCCUCCAGUACUUUAAAGACCAACAGCAUUACAGACAGCAGUUGUGAGGACAAUACUGAGCUAAAAAGUGUUGAUGAUGGUACAUCCAAAGUCCAUUUCAGUAUUGGAAAAGCACCACUAAAAGAAGAGCAAGAUACAAGAGCAUCUCCCAAAGUAAGCCGUAAAAGCGCUGGUAGGCAUGUUCGACCCAAAAAAGAGAAAGCAAACUUUCUGUUCAAAGAAGCGUCAAGAUCUGCUGAACCUGCAAAGGAAGCAAUGUCCCCUUCUGUGGCUGAAUGUGCAAGAGCUGUAUUUGCAGCGUUUCUUUGGCAUGAAGGCAUAGUUCAUGACGCAAUGGCUUGUUCUUCCUUUCUGAAAUUUAAUCCAGAUCUGUCCAAAGAACAUGCACCUAUACGAAGUAGUCUUAACAGCCAGCAACCUAUAGAGGAAAAAGAAGCCAAGUUAAAGAAUAGGCAUUCCAUAGAAAUAUCAUCUGCACUGAACAUGUUUCAUAUUUCUCCCCACGGGCCUGAUAUAUCCAAAAUGGUCAGUAUUAAUAAGAACAAAGUCUUGUCCAUGCUUACAGAACGGACUCUUCAUGAAAAAUGUGAGGAUAGCAAGCAUGAAGCUUCUCAUUUUGAAGUAUCAAACCACCAUUCUGGUAAAUCCCGGCCCCCGCUUCCACUAACACUUCAGCAUCUUGUAGCCUUUUGGGAGGAUAUUUCAUUGGCCACCAUAAAAGCCGCGUCCCAGAAUAUGAUCUUCCCAAGCCCUGGUUCAUGUGCCGUUUUAAAGAAAAAAGAGGGCGAGAAGGACAGCAAGAAAGCAAAGAAGGAGAAAAAGAAGAAAGACAAGGCAGAAUCUAGGCCUCGUGGAAAUUUGUUUGGAGAAAUGGCUCAAUUGUCAGUUGGAGGGCCAGAGAAAGACACAAUUUGUGAGCUGUGUGGCGAAUCUCACCCAUAUCCAGUAACAUAUCAUAUGCGCCAAGCACAUCCAGGCUGUGGACGAUAUGCUGGUGGUCAAGGAUAUAACAGCAUUGGACAUUUUUGUGGUGGCUGGGCAGGAAACUGUGGUGAUGGAGGAGUUGGUGGAAGUACUUGGUAUUUAGUCUGUGAUCGCUGCAGAGAGAAGUAUCUCAGAGAAAAGCAGGCAGCGGUAAGGGAGAAGGUGAAGCAAUCCAGACGGAAGCCGAUGCAGGUGAAAACGCCUCGUGCUUUACCUACCAUGGAGGCCCAUCAAGUGAUAAAAGCCAAUGCGCUCUUUCUUCUGUCUUUGAGUAGUGCAGCAGAGCCAAGUAUUCUGUGCUACCACCCUCCAAAGCCUUUACUGUCCCAGCUCCCAAGUGUAAAAGAGGGGAUUUCUGAGGACCUGCCUCCCAAAAUGCACUGCCUCUACUUGCAGACACUAGCACGACAUCACCAUGAGAACUUUGUUGCCUAUCAGGAUGACAAUCUCUUCCAGGAUGAAAUGAGAUAUCUUCGAUCUACAUCAGUACCCGCACCUUACAUAUCAGUAACUCCUGAUGCAUGUCCGAAUGUUUUUGAGGAACCAGAGAACAACAUGAAGUCAAUGCCUCCUAGCCUGGAAACGAGCCCUAUUACGGAUACAGACUCUGCUAAACGUACUGUCUUCCAAAGAUCGUACUCUGUUGUGGCCUCAGAAUACGAUAAACAGCACUCUGUCCUGCAGCCACGGGUGAAGGCUAUUCCCAGGCGUAGGGUCAACAGUGGUGACGCUGAAGUUGGUUCCUCAUUGUUGAGGCACCCAUCGCCAGAGCUAUCCCGCUUGAUCUCUGCUCACAGUUCACUCUCAAAGGGAGAGAGAAAUUUCCAGUGGCCGGUCUUGGCGUUUGUAAUCCAGCAUCAUGAUCUAGAAGGCCUUGAAAUUGCCAUGAAACAGGCACUAAGAAAAUCAGCAUGCCGGGUUUUUGCAAUGGAGGCUUUCAAUUGGCUGCUUUGCAAUGUAAUCCAGACAACAUCUCUUCACGACAUAUUAUGGCACUUUGUGGCAUCUCUAACUCCUGCUCCUAUGGAGCCAGAAGAAGAAGAGGAUGAGGAGAAUAAGGCAAAUAAAGAAAACGCAGAACAGGAAAAAGACACUAGAGUGUGCGAGCAUCCACUUUCAGACAUAGUGAUUGCUGGAGAAGCAGCACACCCAUUGCCUGACACAUUUCAUCGUCUUCUUCAAACCAUUUCUGAUUUAAUGAUGUCUCUUCCUGGAGGAAGUGCUUUACAGCAGAUGGCACUAAGAUGUUGGAGUCUUAAGUUUAAGCAGUCUGAUCACCAGUUUCUUCACCAGAGCAAUGUAUUUCACCACAUCAACAAUAUCCUUUCCAAGUCUGAUGAUGGAGAUAGUGAGGAGAGUUUCAACAUUAGCGUGCAGUCUGGCUUUGAAGCAAUGAACCAGGAACUUUGUUUGGUUACAGCCCUUAAAGACAUGACUAGUGUUGUGGACAUUAAGACUUCUAGCAGACCUGCAAUGAUUGGAAGCUUAACAGACGGGUCCACUGAAACGUUUUGGGAGUCCGGAGAUGAGGAUAAAAAUAAAACCAAAAGCAUCACAAUAAAUUGCGUGAAAGGCAUAAAUGCACGCUAUGUAUCAGUCCAUGUAGACAACUCUCGUGACUUAGGGAAUAAAGUCACAUCAAUGACAUUUUUGUGUGGCAAGAGCGUGGAAGACCUGUGUAGGGUUAAACAGGCUGACUUAGAUUCCAGGCACAUUGGAUGGGUGACAAGUGAACUGCCUGGUGGGGAUAAUCACAUUCUGAAGAUUGAGAUGAAAGGCCCUGAGAACACGCUGAGAGUGCGGCAAGUUAAAGUGCUCGGGUGGAAAGAUGGGGAAUCUAUCAAAAUAGCCGGUCAAAUUUCUGCCAGUGUGGCUCAGCAGAGGAACUGUGAGUCCGAGACCCUGCGGGUGUUCAGACUGAUAACUUCACAGGUAUUUGGCAAGUUGAUAUCUGGAGAUGCUGAACCUACGCCUGAGCAAGAGGAAAAAGCUCUCUUGUCCUCACCCGAAGGAGAAGAAAAGGCAACCUCCGAUGCUGACCUUAAAGAACAUAUGGUUGGCAUUAUCUUCAGCAGAAGUAAACUCACCAACUUACAAAAGCAGGUGUGUGCCCACAUAGUACAAGCUAUCAGAAUGGAGGCAACACGUGUGCGUGAAGAGUGGGAGCAUGCCAUCUCCAGCAAGGAAAAUGCAAACUCUCAACCAAAUGAUGAAGAUGCCUCCUCUGAUGCAUACUGCUUUGAGCUUCUUUCCAUGGUGCUUGCAUUAAGUGGAUCUAAUGUUGGCAGGCAGUAUUUGGCUCAACAGCUGACAUUACUGCAAGAUCUUUUCCAUCUUUUGCACACAGCAUCUCCAAGAGUGCAGCGACAAGUAACCUCAUUGCUUCGUCGUGUCUUACCUGAAGUGACUCCAUCUCGUCUUGCAAGUAUCAUAGGAGUAAAGUCCCUUCCACCCGCUGACAUCAGCGAUAUCAUCCACUCUACCGAGAAAGGAGACUGGAACAAGCUUGGCAUCUUGGAUAUGUUCCUGGGUUGCAUUGCUAAGGCACUUACAGUUCAACUGAAGGCUAAGGGGACCCCAAUUACUGGCACAGCAGGAAUGAGUGCUGGGAAAGGGGUCACAACUGUCACAUUACCAAUGAUUUUUAACUCCAGUUACUUACGGAGAGGUGAAAGUCACUGGUGGAUGAAGGGCUCAACUCCAACUCAGAUUUCAGAAAUCAUUAUUAAAUUAAUCAAAGACAUGGCAGCUGGGCACCUCUCUGAGGCCUGGUCCCGAGUCACGAAAAAUGCAAUUGCAGAGACAAUCAUUGCACUGACAAAGAUGGAGGAGGAGUAUCGUUCCCCAGUGAGAUGUAUUGCAACCACCAGGCUAUGGCUGGCUGUAGCAUCUUUAUGUGUGCUUGAUCAAGAUCACGUGGACAGAUUAUCUUCUGGAAGGUGGAUGGGGAAAGAUGGACAGCAAAAACAAAUGCCAAUGUGUGAUAAUCAUGAUGAUGGUGAAACUGCAGCAAUCAUUUUGUGCAAUGCUUGUGGGAAUCUCUGCACAGACUGUGACCGCUUUCUCCACCUCCAUCGACGAACAAAAUCCCAUCAAAGACAGGUUUUCAAAGAGGAAGAAGAAGCAAUCAAAGUUGAUCUCCACGAGGGCUGUGGAAGAACCAAGUUAUUCUGGUUGAUGGCGCUAGCAGACUCUAAAACGAUGAAAGCAAUGGUAGAAUUCAGAGAACAGACAGGAAAGCCUGCAAGCAGCAGCUCGGAAACCUGCAGAUUUUGUGGUUCCAGAAAUGGCACCGAGUUAUCGGCUGUUGGCAGUGUAUGCUCUGACGCUGAUUGUCAGGAAUAUGCAAAGACAGCUUGUAGCAAGACUCACCCAUGUGGGCAUCCUUGUGGCGGUGUGAAGAAUGAGGACCACUGCUUACCCUGUCUACACGGCUGUGACAAAAAUGCAACAAAUCUGAAACAGGAUGCAGAUGAUAUGUGCAUGAUCUGCUUUACUGAAGCACUUUCAGCAGCUCCUGCUAUUCAGCUGGACUGCAGCCAUGUAUUCCACUUGCAAUGUUGUCGACGUGUCCUAGAAAACAGAUGGCUGGGGCCACGGAUCACUUUUGGUUUUAUGACCUGUCCGAUCUGUAAGAACAAAAUAAAUCAUUCAGUGUUGAAAGAUCUCCUGGACCCAAUCAGAGACCUUUAUGAAGAUGUGAGAAGAAAAGCUUUAAUGAGGCUGGAGUAUGAAGGAUUACACAAAAGUGACGCAAUCACUACGCCAGGAGUACGAUUUUACAAUGACCCAGCCAGUUAUGCCAUGAACCGAUAUGCUUAUUAUGUCUGCUACAAAUGCAAAAAGGCAUAUUUUGGUGGGGAAGCUCGCUGCGAUGCUGAGGCUGGCCAAGGAGAUGACUAUGAUCCAAGAGAGCUGAUAUGUGGAGCAUGCUCAGAUGUUUCCCGGGCUCAGAUGUGUCCAAAACAUGGUACAGAUUUCCUAGAAUACAAGUGUCGAUAUUGCUGCUCAGUGGCUGUAUUUUUCUGUUUUGGAACAACACACUUUUGUAAUGCUUGCCAUGAUGACUUCCAGAGAAUGACCAGCAUACUAAAAGAAGAACUUCCACAUUGCCCUGCAGGUCCAAAAGGCAAACAGCUUGAAGGGACGGAGUGCCCUCUUCAUGUGGUCCACCCACCCACCGGAGAAGAGUUUGCUCUGGGCUGUGGAGUGUGCAGAAAUGCUCACACUUUUUAACUGAGCCCAUACUACUUUUUCCAGUUUAGAUUUUUUUUAUCCUUGCUUUGUGAAUUUUGAAAUGGACAACAGCAGUCCAUCACGCCAGGCAGGUUCUGGACGACGGCAUCCAGUCAGGAUGGGACCACAUAAGAGUCUGCGAACAAGGUUAAAAGGGAAGGUGGCACCAGAUCCAGCUGUGUAUUUACCAGUUCAUACUCUUCAUACCAAGCUCAAUGUUUUGUCUUUCUGAAACUGAUAACUACUUGUGAGGUGCUUGCAUGUGGUCAUUACAUAAAGCACCACUGCCAGGCACCAGAUAUGUAUAAAAUGCUUGGGUACUACACAGCAUAGAGAAGGUUCCCCAUAUCAUGGAUAUAUAAAUAUAUGUAUACAGUAUAUGUAUGAUCAGAAGAAAAGUUACAGUAAUGAGCACUGACUUUCGAAUAGCCUGUACACAUAUACCUGCAUCUCGUGGAGAAAAGAGGAAUAUAUAUAUGUAUCUCUAGACUGUUAAUAUUACUCUGGCUGCUGGAGAGCUGUGCAGUGUGCUCGGCUGAGAAGAAAGACAUUGCGCUUGGAGGGCACAUAAACAUAACAAGGUAUAAAAGUUGUAACAAAUGCUGUACAUAGUACAUAAAGAUAUCAAUGUUUGUCCUGUAUAAGAUUUACUACAUUACAAAGGCAAUUUCAUUUAACUUUCUGGGUUAUGUUUGAGCCUGAAAUUUUAAUGAAGUGCAAUACUGAGUGUGCCUCAUAUCUUUGCAGAUGUAAACUUUAUGGAAUGUACAUGUCAAUAAAGCCACUGUACAUUUUUAUACAGUGACAGUCUGGUGAAUGUUUAGGAUCUUAUUUAAGAGGAAUGGCUUUUAAAAAGAAAAAUAAAGACUUAAAUCAUAUUUGCAAAGUC